AUGCGGCUCAGAUUCCAGAGGCAGCAGGCCGGAGCGCAGAUGUCCAAGGAAAGAGCAGACACAGGGGGUCCCAACCUUGUUGGGGGCACCAAAGAGAGCUGCCUGAGGAGCAGACACCAAGAUGGUGCCUGUGUGGUUUCACCUCCAGUCACCAUCGUCUUUCCAAGAAAGCCACAGUAUCACUGCCAGGUCACGCACGUGAGGCGGGACUCGGAGUCCAGCCGGAUCCCAGCGGCCCCACCCGGCGGGGCAGCAGCCUGGCAUCCGCGCCCUUGGCCGCACCUCCCCGAGCGGCUCCGGCUGUCUGCGCGCCGCGCUCCAAGGCAGCGGGGAGAAUGGCCAGCAUGCAGCCCCGACCGGCAACUUGAAAAUACAAAUAAAACAGAGGGAAAAGAAAUAAAUAAUAAGGAGCGCGCCAGAAAGCCAAAGAAAAUACAGUUCCCAGGCUCGGGCAAGCUUGGGGCCUGCAGCCUGGCCCGGCCUCGAGCCUUUGGCACGGGAACCGGGGCCCUUUGUGCAGCCUUCGGCCACCCCCUGCGCGCCCCUUCCUAA